GUACGAUGAUUAUGUCCAAUUUGGUGCAGUGUGUGUUUCAUGGAAUUCAGAAGUACCAAAGAGGCCAGCUUGCCCACUCAAACAGCCGGUACCAAUGUCAAUGCUACCUUUUGACGAUUACAGCCGAACAUCUCGUAGUUUCUACAAAAUUCUGGAGGGCAAAGUCCAUCACUUGGACCUACAGGAAACUAGAGGUAAAUAUUUUUGUGGUUCAUUCGAUGGUUGGGUGGUGAUUAUGGAGAUGAGUGCGGUACUACUAUAUCUCUUCAACCAAGAUUAAAAUUCCUCUUCCUCCAUAUAUUGUCAAGCUUUCCAUAUGUGAGUUAUUGUCCAGAUAGGCAUGGGGCUGAAAAUGUCUUCCCAAACAAGGGUAGAGUCCGGCACUAUUGCUCUUCGACACUUUUAGGAAGGUUCAAAUUCGUCUUCCUCCAGUGUCAAGCUUUCCGUAUGUAAGUCAUUGUCCGGACAGACAUGGGGCUCAAUAUGUCCUCCCGAAGGACGGAUUUAGCAAUAUACGCCUAUGGCAGAUUGGCUUACUGCCGAUCCAAAGAUCCAAAAUGGACAGCACCUGAAAGAUCAAAGCGUGGCUUCCUAGACGUCAUAUUCCAUGAAGGAAAGAUCUAUGCAAUAACCGAGAGAUCAGGAGUUCAUGCGGUCGCUGACACGGAUUCUUUUCCGUUGACGUUCAUUCCGGCUCCCCUAACAUCUUCAAAUAGUUCCAAAGGGAACAACAUAUUUGCUAGGAAAUACUUCGUUGGAUCUAGUGAUCGAUUGAUGUUGGUGGAAAGGGUUAUCUUUUAUUGUGAAUGCCGUUGCUUUUGGUAUAUUUACAAGACUAUUAGAUUCGUGGCAUAUAAAUUGGACUUGAGCAAUGACAAUCUCAGUUGGUCCAAACGUUACAAGCUUAGAUGAUAAUACAAUAUUUGUAGGGUUCAAUACCUCUACCUUCAUCAAGAGAUUUUCCUCAGCUCCAAAGAAAUUGCAUUUACUACA